UCCUAAUUUUCCCUAGACCCUAAUUCUCUCUCUCAAUUCAUUUCUACCUUCGUACAUUUUCCUCCAAAAAGUUCACCAUAAUCAUUUUCCUCCAAGCCCCGCACCAUCUUCUUGUUGGUCUUCCCUUGCGUUGUGUUCGUCGUCGAGGCGUCGAGACGUUGUGUUCGCUCUCGGAAUUCCUCGCAGCUGCGUAGGUUACUUUAUUUUCAGUUCAUUCAUUGAUUCGUUUUUCUUUCUGUUCAUUUUCACUCUGCGUUCGAACUUAUGAUUACUUUCGGAAUUGAAACGGUAGAAAAGCACGUUUUAGGUUUAUGAUUAGUCUUGUGUUUUCUAUAUUAAUGUAUGAGAAGGGUGUGAAGUAUGAGGAGGUGAGAGGCGAGGCAAGGCAAGGGGUGAGAAUGAUGAAUCUCUUGAGCUCUGUUCCAACACAGACAACGAGGAAGCCUUUUGGAACCAUGUCUGCACUGUUGGAAGCAGAGGAAGAUUUUCUUCACGGAUCUUGUUACACUUCAGAAAUUUUAAGAAAACCCAAUUAAUUUAUUUUGGUUCUAAGGGAUUUUCUCAUUUUGCUUUUUUUUUGUUUUGUUUUUUGUUUUUCUUUAUAACACCCUGUUUUGGUUUGAACAUGACUGUAAUGUGUGACACAUGAGUGUCUCCAUUAACGUCAGGGAGACUGUCUCACAGCAGUGAACCUUUGAGCGGUGGUGCUUCUUUAACUGGAACGGACAGUCCACCAAUCUCUCCUUCUGACGAGUUUGACGAUGUUGUCAAUGGAGUCCUAUUAGCUGUGUUACAAGAUUUGGAGACUAUUCUGCUAAAAAAUUCUCAAGUGUAGAAGAUGCCAAGCUUGGAGGACCCGUACUAGAGAUGAAUUUAUUGCCAUGGCUCCAGAAGGCAUAGAUAGAGAUCAUUGGGCUUCUGUUGUUGAUUAUCGACUUGAUGAAAGAACAAAGGAGAUUGCCCUAAAAAAUAAACACAAUAUGACGAAACAAACUCUUGCUCACACAGGGGGAUCCAAGAGCAUUGCAAGGAAGAAAGAAGAAAUGGAAAAAGAGUGUGGGCACAAAGUUAGCAGAGGAGAAGUUUGGAUAGCUACUCAUAAGACGACCAAUGGAGCUUUUGUCAGUGAUGAGGCAAGGGAAAUUGGUGAAAAAAAUUCAAACAUAUGAAUCUACAACAUCGUCUCAAUCAAAAGAAAUAUCAAGUUUAGAUUCAUUGGCUCAUGUUUUAGGAAGCCAAGAGCAUUGUGGAUGUGUUCGCGGUCUAGGUUUAGGUCCUUGCCCAUCUAAAGUCUUUGGAGUCCAUGCUCGUUCUCAUAUUGGAUCAUCUUCAUCUACUCCUUCUAAUGUUGAAUUACAAUCUCAGGUAUCUUCAUUGACUUCUUCUAAUGUUAAAUUAGAAUCUCAGGUAUCUUCAUUGACAUCACAAGUCAAUGAAAUGAAGGCAAUCAUGACACUUUUGUUGCAAAAUCAUCAAGGUCCAUUGCCUUCACAAUUUGCAGUAUUUCAAAGAUCAUCGGUAUCUGAUCAAGGGAGUGGGUCAAACAAUGGAUGUAAUAAAGAAAAAAAUUAGAUAUUGUUACUGAAUACUUUUAUGAGUCAUACUUUUAGUAUUGAACAUCUAUAUUGAACAUAUGUAAUGAACCUCUUUCUUUUUAAUUUUUAUGUAUGAACAAUUAGUUGUAUGAAUGAUAUUAGGUUGAACAAUGUAGUUUAUUUUAUACAAUAUUAUUAAAUUUUAGUUCAUAUUAAUUUA